AUGAUGAGGCCGAGUCUUCAACCAUGCCGCAAGGUCCAUCCAAUCUUUCAGGAGGGAAAUCAAUUGAAUCCUUCUGAUCUCAGGAGCAUCGUCGAUACCCUCCGCGACUCUGAACGAUCUCUCCAAGCUCUCAAGGUAUCAGAGUGGAUGAGUGAGCAGAAAGUUUUCGACCUAAUUCCAGAAGAUUUCGCAGCUCGUCUUAACCUAACUGGAAACGCUCUAGGUUUGGAAGAAGCAGAGAAGUUCUUCGAAAGCAUUGCCGAGAACAAGCAGGGAAGUUCUGUCUACGCAACUAUCUUAAGCUUCUAUGCAAGAUCUGAGAAAAAUCUUGAUAAAGCUGAGUUCAUCUUCUUGAAGACGAAAGAGCUAGGGUUCCUUUGUAAACCCGCUUCGUUUAACCACAUGAUGUCUCUCUACAUUCAGCUAGAUAAGCUACAAUGA